AGAUUGUCGCGUUGAUUGCACUUCCUGCACUCUAUCCUUUCUCGCUCGUUCUUUCUCCAACGCCCGCAUGUAUAUCUGUCUCACUUAAUCUCAAAUCUCUUCGCGACCACGCUACGAAAUCAUUCGCUAAUCUAUAACUGUGUUUUUCUGAGGCGUUUCUAACUUCGCAGUUCCCGCCAUACAGUUGAUCUUGACCGGUCAGGCAUUUGAAGCCAAAAAAUUUAUCAAGAACCGCGUGAUCAGAAAAUCGCCUGAGAUUAAAACUUCAUUCGAGUGAACUCGAACCGUUUUUUCUCCGUGUGUCGAUCGAAUCGUUAUCCUCCUUUUUUUGGAUCUUGAAUUAUUUUGUCUUGUAGGAUGAAACCGACUACUGGCGCCGAAACAAUUGCUGAGGAUAAAGUUAGAAAAUCUUUACAUGAACUGCAGCCAUCAGCUGUUGAUAAAGAGACCUUGGUUGGUGCUGAUAGGAUGAUUAAAUCUACUCAACAAGUGAAAAAAGCAAAAACCAAAAAAAGUAAAAAUGUACCUGCAAAAACAAAAAAAGAUAUUCCUAAAGAACAAAAAAAAGUGACGACCAGCAACAAGGCUGUUCAAACUGCACAAGAAAGAAUUGAUGUUGAAGACUUAACGUCCACAGAUUUAGCUGGUCCUAGUGAAAAUUACUGGCAAGUCCAGGCUGAAAGAAGACGAAUAGCACUUAAAGAUGCUUUGGAAGAAAAUAAAGAACUUGUAACACGUCUUGAAAAAUUAGAAGAAGAAAAUCGUUUAUAUAAAGAAAUGUUGGAUGAGACAAGAGCACUCGUUGAAGUGCUGCAGGACAUGAUUGGAGAUGACAGAAACGAUAUAAAUAAUUCAUUAGAAGACAGUGCUCUUUGAUUUAAGUUGAUUUUGUAAUAAAAAGUCAUAAGAAAGGUACAUCCAUCAAGUUUUUAAAUAAAAUUGCGGAAAGUAUUUCAGUUUUUAUUAAAUAUUCGGAUGAUGUAAAACUACGAGUGUUGCAUUUAUUAUGCAUUUUAGAAUAUGACUUAAAAUUUAUUAUAUCGUUUUUUACUGACAAAUGUAAUUCCGCUGAAGAUAUUUCUUUUCUUAUAUAUUCUGUAAUCGCUUAGAAAAUCUUCGUAUUUAAUUAUAAACUUGUAUUACCAUUAUACACACAUUGAAAAAUAAUCUCGUCUAAAAAGAAAUGUAAUUAAUAUUUUGUAUAAAAAUUUGUUAAUCACUCAAUAAUCCUUAAUAAUUAUUUAUAUAGUUAUAAAAAAAUCAACAUUAAAAUUGUUCAAUGUACAUUUUAUAUCACUCCAUAUACCUCAUUUCUACAGAUAAAUAUAUUAUUGUGCGCAAAAAAA